CGCGGUGCGCGGUGCGCGGUGCGCGGUGCGCGGUGCGCGGUGCGCGGUGCGCGGUGCGCGGUGCGCGGUGCGCGGUGCGCGGUGCGCGGUGCGCGGUGCGCGGUGCGCGGUGCGCGGGUCCCGCCGCCGCCGCCCCGGCAGCGCUGCCGCAUUGCGGCCCCCCAUCGCCGCCGCUUCCCCGGUUCUUGCCCCGGUCACUUCCCCGGCGACAUCGCCUCCCCGCGCAGCCCCGCCGCGGCUGCGAUCCGCCAGCGGGGCCGCGGGUCCGCCCGCGCCGCUCCGCGUCGCACCGCGGGGCCAUGAGCUUCUUCGGGUUCGGGCAGAGCCCGGAGCUGGAGCUGGUGCUGAGCGACGCUGAGAGCCGGCGGCGGGUGGAGCACAAGACGGAGGAAGGCAAGAAGGAGAAAUACUUCCUCUUCUACGACGGCGAGACCGUGUCGGGGCGGGUGGUGCUCACCCUCAAGAACCCCAACAAGCGGCUGGAGCACCAGGGCAUCAAAGUGGAAUUCAUCGGGCAGAUCGAGCUCUACUAUGACCGAGGGAACCACCACGAGUUCGUGUCCCUGGUGAAGGACCUGGCCAGACCUGGGGAAUUCACUCAAUCACAGACAUUUGACUUUGAGUUCACUCAUGUGGAGAAACCCUACGAGUCCUACACGGGGCAGAACGUGAAGCUACGGUAUUUCCUCCGUGCCACCGUGAGCCGCCGGCUGAACGACGUGGUCAAGGAGAUGGACAUCGUUGUGCACACCCUGAGCACCUACCCCGAGCUCAACUCCUCCAUCAAGAUGGAGGUGGGCAUUGAGGACUGCCUGCACAUCGAGUUUGAGUACAACAAGUCCAAGUACCAUUUAAAAGAUGUGAUUGUGGGGAAGAUCUACUUCCUGCUGGUGCGGAUCAAGAUCAAGCACAUGGAGAUAGACAUCAUCAAGAGGGAGACGACGGGCACGGGCCCCAACGUGUAUCACGAGAAUGACACCAUAGCCAAGUACGAGAUCAUGGAUGGGGCACCUGUGAGAGGAGAGUCCAUUCCCAUCAGGCUCUUUCUGGCUGGCUAUGAGCUGACUCCAACCAUGAGGGACAUCAACAAGAAGUUCUCUGUGCGUUAUUACCUCAAUCUGGUGCUGAUAGAUGAGGAGGAGAGACGCUACUUCAAACAGCAGGAGGUGGUGCUGUGGAGGAAAGGGGACAUUGUGAGGAAGAGCAUGUCGCACCAGGCUGCCAUCGCGUCGCAGCGCUUCGAGGGCACAUCCUCGCACGGCGAGGCCAAGGCGGCCGGGCCAACAGCGGAGAACAACGGGCGGCAGUGAGCCCGGGGGCACAGGCCCAGCACGGCGGCACCGAGCAGGAGAUGCUCAGAGACUGCACAGAAACCAAUUCCCGAUCUUGACUUAUUCCUUUCUUCCAAGGACGGCUGGGCUAGGAUGGGGCGGGAGGGCUGGUGGCGCUUCCCAGUCCAUCCUUUCUGGAGCUGGGUGUGAGGCUGCUCUGAGGCUGUUCUGGAGCUGCUGGCACUUCGCAAUCCAUCAUUCCUCUGGAGCUGGGUGUGAGGCUGCUCUGAGGCCCUUCAGGAGCUGCUGGCACUUCCCAAUCUAUCAUGCCUCUGGAGCUGGGUGUGAGGCUGCUCUGAGGCCCUUCUGGAGCUGCUGGCACUUCCCAAUCCAUCAUUCCUCUGGAGCUGGGUGUGAGGCUGCUCUGAGGCCCUUCUGGAGCUGCUGGCACUUCCCAAUCCAUCAUUCCUCUGGAGCUGGGUGUGAGGCUGCUCUGAGGCCCUUCUGGAGCUGCUGGGCACUUCCCAAUCCAUCCAUUCUAGAGCUGGGUGUGAGGCUGCUCUGAGGCUGUUCUGGAGCUGCUGGCACUUCCCAAUCCAUCCAUUCUAGAGCUGGGUGUGAGGCUGCUCUGAGGCCGUUCCAGAGCUGCCUGCUCUCCUGUGUGCCCCGAGAAGGACACAGCACCUGAGGCCCAGCCUGCACUUCCCCCGUGAGGAGGCUGCUCUGGGGCUCAGUAGGAUGGAUAUUUUUUCUUGCCUUUCCGAAAUCUUCCCUGGGGAAAACAGCCCGGUGAUUAGCUGGAUGCUGGAGGAGGGAUCAGAGACUGGCGUGGCCUGCUGGGAAUCUUGUGAUGUCGUCCCCUCGCUGCUUCCCCUUGUUCCUCGUCAUGCUGGCGUUGGAUUCCUUGCCAGGAGCAGCUGGAUGGUGGAGGUGGCUCAGCCCUGGGACUGACUGACUGCCAGCCAGCCCUGGCAGCACGGGCUGGGCCGUUCUGUGUCCCACCAGGAGCUGGGGCUGGUAGGAGGGACUGAGAUGUGUGGGUGCAGGAGGAGGUAGCACGGGGUGGACAGAGCAGUGAUGGUCCCAGUGCUGCUGGGUGGGCAACAAGUGGGGGCAGGAGGGCUCCUGGCCACGAGCUGUGCCUUCCUAGUCUUGUUCUGGCAGCUGUCUGAGUUCUUCCAAGAUCCACACUGGCUGCUAGGUGCUGGUGUAGAGAGCAGUUCUGGAGCUCUUGGGGGCUCUCCUGUGGGUGGGGUUGUGCUGCACAUGCUGCUCUGCCUGUGUCUGUGUCCUUGGGACAGAGCAGGCUUUGUGUAGGGACAGACAGCAGCAUGGGGACACGUGUGGGGUUUGCUGCCUUGUGCCUACAGGACAAGGAUUAGUGGGGACAGAAGGUGGAUGCAGUUCUUGUGGGAAACUCAAACAGUCCUAUGUGGGCUGCUGGAAGGAGCCAAGCAGCGCCUGGAAGGGUGGCAGAGCUCUGAUUCCAGACACACAUUCCUGAGGCCUGAGCAAGUCACCAGUGAGGUCUGAGAGCAUGCAAUGAACUGAGAACCUGAAUGUGGGUUUUCUUUUUUUUUUAAAUAAACUGUUUUUAGCCUUCAGCUAAGUAGACUCAUGAGAACAUUCCCAGAAGGAAGUCACUCCUCCAUUAAAAAUCAGAUGUGGCUUUGUAGGCAUGAUUAACUGAGUUUGGAGAAUAUCCAUGCUGUUCAGCUGCCCUUCAGCAAGCAGGUGCUGGGACCUCAUACCCGAGGGAGAGACAAGCCUGCACUAAGUGCUGGGACCUGAGCUCUGUAUGGUGGGAUUUGUCUGGAUUUCCCUGAGUUUGUGGCUUGCUAGUUUGUCCAGCUUCUUUCUGGCUCUGGAAUCAAGUUCCUCUGUCCUACAGCUGAAUGUAGAGCAGGUGUCUUGCAGCUGGGAAAUGGAAGUUUCUGCUUUGUUCAGUGGAGGGAGUGGGGCUGGGGUGGGAAGGGGAGCUUUUUAUGUAAUGACAGCUACUGUAUUUCAGUGAUGUGUGUUUCUGCUUGCCAAAGUAAGUUAUCUUUCCCUCACCACAUGUAAGGUUGUGGUUUUUAGUAGAGCUGGCCAGUCUGGCUCAUUAGAGGACACUAAUGCUCUCAUCUCUGCUGAAUGCUCCUGUCACCCCGUGGUUCUGCUGUGCACCCCAGAGAUGUGGCUUGUCCCCCACGGGGAGUCUGUGCCAAGGGCUGGGACUGUGUCUUCCCAAGGCUCAAACAUUCACUGCAGACAGCAAUCACCUUGCUGUGCCAGGGCUGGGGACCAUGGCAAAGGACCUGGAUUCACUUUGGACACUCCUCCCUCCCUCAGGGGAGCUGGCUGUGCUGCAGCCAGGCACAAUCCUUUAGGGACAAGUGAAGCUCCUUUGGGAGCCCUUGGGGAUAAUAAACUAUCCUAUGGCUGAGCUGAGCACAGCAGCGCCCUUACAACCUUCUUAAGCUUCUCUUCAGCUCCCUCCUUGUCUUUAUUCCUUUAUUCCCUUUAUUCCCUUUAUUCCCCUGAAUUGUAGGCCAUGUGGUGGGAAAGAAACCCCCUGGAUGGAGAUGUCUCUGCAUUCCAGGAGUGGUUUUUUUCCUGCCUGACUGGUUGUGAGAUCACUGCCUGGCUGUUCAACAUCUGUUCAUCAUUCCUGGAGGGUUCCCUUGGAAAAGGUGCAUGAGCCUGUACACUGAUUUGGGGGUUUUUCCUACUUUGUCCCCUCUCCCCUGUGUCCCUGUGUGUAGAACCAGAAUUCAGAAAUUAUUCCCAUUUUUACUGAAUCUGAUGGACCAUUCAUUAGCCACUCUGUCUGGGGUGGAGCAGAUGUGCUAGGCAUCCUUAGAGAGAAGCUGGGGUCACCCCAGGACAAGGUACUCUAGAAUAGUGUUUUGUGAGCAUGUGAAGGGGCAGAUGCUCCUCAAGCAGCCAUGUCCCCCCGAGCUGGUGGUUCUGUGCUGUACUUGGGUCAUUCCCUCUCUCCCAGGCAGAGGGGAGUGGGCAAGUACAAGCAGUGCAACUUGUAAUUAAGCCUCUGCUGUGUUUACAUGUUUCUUAAUUCGUCGUCUUUUCAAUGGCUGUAUUUUAAAACUUGGGGUUUUUUGUCUCUCCAAUUAAAAAGAGCCAGCCCUGGCUGUCAAAUG